AUGGAAAAAGUGAAGGGUCCGAAAGCAAUUUGGGAUGCUGCGGCUCAUUCCAUUUAUAAGGAUGUGUGCGUAGAGGAGGUGCGAGCCAAUAACCGCGCUCCGGGACACACCACUUUGUCCGAUGUAGGCCAAAUUAAUUUGCUUACUAAGUUUAAUGAGCGCUCCGGGAGAAAUUAUUCGCACCAACAAUUAAGAAACCGGUGGGAUGCAUGUAGAAGUAAUUAUGCCAUAUGGAAGACAUUGCUUCAAAAAGCUUCAGGCAUCGGACGAGAUCCUUAUACAAAGACCAUUGUUGCUACGGAUGAGUGGUUGGCAUUGGAGUUGAAGGCAUGUCCGCAUGCUACCAAGUAUCGGCAUACUCCACUUGCGGAGGAGGACAAAAUGGAGGAGGAGUUUGAUUCUUGUUGUGCCACAAACGAGCAUGCGAGAGUGCCAAUUCCCACAUAUCAAGGUUCUACGUCUCGAAUCAAUUUGGAUGAUGAGUCUGGUUGUGAAAGUGACAAAACUGAAGUUACACCUCGUGCGAAUCAUGCAAAGGGUGGGAAGAAGAGGGCAUCUCCUUAUUCCCCAAGUCCUAAGGUGAAUGAAAAGUGGGCAAGUGAGCAUGCAAAUAAUGAGGCAUUUGUUCGUAUGGUGGACCUCUUUGAUUCAAGGAACAAGAGAGAUGAGACUCAAGUUUUAGCAAGAGAAGAGAUUCAUGAAAUGAUGGCAAUGGUAGAAGCAGAUGGUGGUGCACCUGGGAGUGAUGUUCAUUUCUAUGCUUCACAACUAUUCAAGGAUCAGACAAAUCGUGAUGUUUUCUCUGCCUUCAAGACUCACGAGCCUAGUGCGAGGCUGAUUAAUAGGUCGCUAGACUACCCGCCGUUCUAG